AUGCAGCUCGAGAAUUGCAUUUUGCAAGCUAGUGGGCUCUCCAAGAAAUGUCUGAAUGUGGGCAGUGGCUACCCAAGCUCAGAUGGAUCUGAGCUCUCCUUGCAGGACCAUCCUAUUAUAUCUGCUAGUGACAACCUGGAGAGAAGUUCAACUCUGAAAAAAAAUUCCAGGGGGAUGACGAACCAGUCAGAGGCAGACAAUUUCCCCGACUCCAAGAACGCAUCAGGGGACGUCCAGAGAGGCAAACUCUCGCCUGAUCUUCACGGAGUCUCUGAAAUUCGUCAUAAUUUCGAUGGAUCUACAGGAGAAAGGUAUAUCCUUUCGCAAUCUAGCCAACCACAGUCAGUCUCAGCAACUCCAAGUGCUAUGUUCCCCUAUCCGAGUCAACAUGGACCAGCGCACCCGGCUUUUUCUAUUGGGAGUCCGAGUCGUUAUAUGGCCCACCAUCCAGUCAUCACUAAUGGAGCGUACAACAGUCUUCUGACCAACAGCUCUCCGCAAGGCUACCCAACCGCGGGUUACCCAUACGCCCAACAGUAUGGACACACUUAUCAAGGAGCGGCGUUCUACCAGUUUUCCUCCGCGCAAGCUGGGCUGCUGCCUGGGAAAGCGCAGGUGUAUCUGUGCAACAGGGCCCUGUGGCUGAAGUUUCACAGACAUCAAACAGAGAUGAUAAUCACCAAACAAGGACGGUAGGUAUCCCCAGCUACAUUAAUUUGAUCACAAGUUUGGUAUAGCUUGUGAAGUAAUACGCAUCAGUCCGAUUUGUUUUAAAUAAGGAAGGGCAUUGCAAUUGCAAUUCGUUCAAUAUAUUACCUUUAUUAUAAAUUACAAUUUAACAUUUUUAACGGACUGUGUUUUUCUUUAAUUGUUUCACUAAUACUUUCAAAUUGGGUAAAUCAUCAAAUGUUGGACAGGGUCUAUUAUGCAGGACAUUUACACCGAUCUUUAGUGUUACCACCUGACCAAAUAUUAUUUACAUAUUUUCAAUUAUUACCCGCAGACGAAUGUUCCCCUUUUUGAGUUUCAACAUUUCUGGUCUGGAUCCGACGGCGCACUACAACAUAUUUGUGGAUGUUAUUCUUGCCGAUCCAAAUCACUGGCGAUUCCAAGGUGGCAAGUGGGUACCAUGUGGCAAAGCGGACACCAAUGUGACAGGUAGGCCUAGGCUCCUCUACAUCUCUGUGAACAAUACAGUGAUGAUAAUGGUUGAUAAUUAAGAGUAGCUUAUAUUAUAAAAAUAAUAAUAAUCUUAUGUUGAUUCUGCCGUGCCAAGCUUACACGCAACAUUAGGCUAAUAAAAUCAAACAAUGAUAUCAUCGAAUUAAUGUAAUUGAAAAUCAAUAUUGUGAUUUGUAUGAUAUUUUGUAAAAACAAUGCAUUUCAAUGUAGGCUUUGUCAUUUCUUUGUUUCCCACAGGAAACAGGGUGUACAUGCACCCUGACUCUCCAAACACCGGUGCGCACUGGAUGCGCCAAGAAAUCUCAUUUGGAAAGCUGAAGUUAACGAACAAUAAAGGAGGCUCAAACAACACGGGACAGGUCAGCUACGACCUUGUUUGAAUUUGAGAUAUAGGCUAUAAAACAAAAAGUAAAAUAUUAUGAUCAGAGACUUUCAAAGACCCUCAAUUGACUAUUGAGCGGUGUGCAUGGAGACAGUUUGUUGCGCACACCUUAUGCAGUUAUUACACAAUAUGUAUUAGGUCUUUCUCCAAUGAUACAUCACCAUCAAAAUUCCAAAUAAUAGUUUUCAUAAAAUGUCUUAUAAAAAACGAAAUCCUGUCUUCAGUUUGGGUCAUUCAGCCUACAUCACGGCGUAUUGGCUCCAAAUUUAGGUCGAAAUUGACAGUGGUCAUUUAUGGAAUAUCUUCCUUACUUGUACCUCCAGAUGGUGGUUCUACAAUCGCUUCACAAGUACCAGCCAAGGCUCCAUGUGGUGGAAGUCAACGAAGACGGAACGGAGGACUCCAGCCAACCUGGAAGAAUACAGACGUUCACCUUCCCAGAAACACAGUUCAUCGCAGUCACAGCUUACCAGAAUACCGAUGUAAGAAAAUCUGAUUGAUGAUAAUUCCAUUCGUUAAGUAUUCUAGUAUUGUUGCCUAUCGAAAGACACAUUUCGUUUGGCAUAUUAGGAUUUGCAACGUAAUUAGGACUGAACAACUGUAUGCACCUAUUCCUAAAAUCUGCCUCCUGUUUUUUGUGCAGAUUACCCAGCUAAAAAUCGACCACAAUCCAUUUGCUAAAGGAUUUCGGGACAACUAUGACACGUAAGACUAUUUGUCAUUUAUUAUUUGUGCUUUAUCCCUUCUCAUUAUGAAACAGUUUGUUUUGCUUGGUUCCUCUUCUCUCCGAGGCAAUGCAAAUGAUAGAGUUUAUGUUAAUGAAGUGUAGCAUAGGCUACCUCAUAAUUUUUUGCUCAUGUUACAUUUAAAUGUAAAGAAAUUUCAAUGGCAGGAAAACUUUAUUUUGUGUCCUCGUUGAUCAAGUUCACAUUUUCUUUAAUAUCAAUGGGGACACAUUUGAUCAUACCCACUGGGCACACACUGGUUGAAUCAACGUUGUUUCCACGUCAUUUCAACGAAAUUACGUUGAACCAACGUGGACUAGAAGUUUACCCAGUGGGUAAGCGUUAUAAUUUGGAGUAGGCCUCUGCACAAUCCAAUAUAAUUACCACAUUAUAAUGGUGACAAUUUGAUCACGACAUUGGAUAAAUGAUUACAUUUAUUUGCUGAUGUCACCUCCCUAAAACAUAGUUUAUUCUGCAUUUUUAUCAAAUUAGCCAUGAACAAAGUUUGUUCCAUUCUUGCACAUCACAUUGGCAGUGACAACCUUUGCCCAUGGUGAUUCAUCAUUUGUUUGUCUGUUUCUUCCUCGUCUUUUCAGUGUCUACACAGGUUGCGACAUUGACCGAUUAACGCCAUCCCCGGGUGACUCGCCUCGCUCUCAGAUCAUGCCUGGUGCGAGAUAUGCCAUGGCUGGUUCUUUCCUACAGGACCAAUUUGUCAGCAGUUAUGCCAAAUCUCGCUUUCACCCUGGCGUAGUGACUGGACCUGGCACGGACCGCAGCGUCCCACUUAGUAACAGCUUGCUAUCCCCGCAACAAACCGAAGAGCCCACAGUUGCAUCCCCGCAGCGAUGGUUUGUCACCCCUGCCAAUAACCGACUGGACUUUGCCGCCUCGGCGUACGACGCUGCCGCGGCUGCUGAUUUUGCCGGUAACGCGGCCACCCUGCUGUCCUACGCAGCAGCUGGAGUAAAGGCACUUCCACUGCCCACUGCAGGGUGCUCAAACAGACCUCUAGGUUACUAUGCCGACCCAUCCGGCUGGGGCACACACACACCACCCCAGUACUGCAAUAAGUCUAGCUCUGUGCUCUCUUGCUGGCCAACAAAUUCUGUUGGCAGAACAGGCACCUCCAACUACCUGGUUGAUGACGCGGACACCAUCCCAACAGAAAGGUCACCCAUCGGAGGGUCUAAUGAGGCAAAACCAAAAGACUUAUCCGAAUCCAACUGGAUAGAGACGCCGUCUUCAAUGAAGUCGAUUGAUUCAAGUGAUUCUGGUAUUUUUGAGCGAGCUAAACGGAGAAGAAUCUCACCGUCUGCUACACCGGUUUCGGAAACAGUGUCCCGGUUGAAAUCUGAGAUCUUGCCUCCAAGAGAGUGUGAGAAAAAUUGCGCCAAGGACAUUGGUUACUAUAGUUUCUAUCCACACAGUUAGACAACCACAAAACGGGAGGGAAAUGGUGUUCUAUUUAGAUUAAUCUAUCUUUAUAUGCAACCGAUAAUAUCCAACUGAUAGGCCGCUCAGUUGCAAUGCACACCCUGUCUUGGACCAACAUUGACAACGAUUUAAAGAUGUCGGCAUGUAGCGCACAGGCCUACUGGGGAAAUGUAGGCGAUAUUGUUCCAUUUAACGUAAUUCGUUUGCUAUCUAAUAGCUGAAGGCCUACAUACAGUAGCCUAUUUAUUUAAUUUAAACUAGUUUUAAUCAACAACUAUUGUCUAUUGUAAUUAUAAAAUUGAUGUACAUAAUAGGCUAUUUAACCAUUUAGUGAUAUUGUGAAAUGAUUGUA